AUGCAAAAGUCUCAUCGUUUGAGAAAAGAAAAAUUAUUACCUUUUAUAGGAAACGAAGCUCAAAUGCAACAUACAGGUGUCUUUCUUAAAAUGAUGAAUAUUCGACCGGACAAGAUAUGGGUUUAUACCCCACGUUCAAGUUCAAUGGCACCAAAUGAAGCUCGCCUGGAAUACGAGCUAUUAGCAAUCAAAGCAGAGUUGGCAAAAACAACCCAGGUCAAAGAUUCACGACCGUAUACUAUAGUAUUUCGUCGUAUUUGGAAGUAA